AACCGAAAAAUUUAUUUCCGGAAAUCAACAUGAAUAUUAUGAUUAUUAUCUCAGUUUAACCUUAAAUUAACGUGUGGUGGACAAUAAUUCUGCUUGGGUUGAAUUUUAAUGUGACAAAAUGACUGUUUUUGUGGCUUUUAAGCGCUCAUUUUACCAGCAUUCCAUCAAUGUUAAAUGCUGGACCCCGACGGCACCGAAAAACAGGCAGAUUUCACUGCCAUUCCAUUCUUUACGUAUAUGGAGCUCGAAAAUGGUGACACAACAAUAGCUUUUGCUGGUUUACUUCACGCGCUCAUACAUGGCAGUUGGUGGCAGUUCGAACUGUCAAAAGUGUGACUGGAGCCAGGUCAAUAUUUUUGCUGGGUACUCGGUAUGUCCAGCCUUAUAAGUCCAAAGUCCCUGGUUACUUUUUCAUAGUUUCAAUGGAUUUUGACAAUAGACAUGUCAGACUUCAAUCAUGUUAACGCUCUCGAGCGUGCGUCAAAGUUUAGGUAGCAAAUAACAGUGCUGUAUCCUUCUGACGUCAUUUACAUAGCUACAGAACUGUCCGAUCACGCCGAAUCACUGAUAGAAACAAGAUGAAUUAAUGACGAUUCAGAAAAUGUAUAACUUUUAAAGAUUUAAAUAAAUCCUAUGGUGGGACUUUUGCCAUUUAUGGACGGUACGACAGAAAAUUCCGGUGCCGUCGAACUUAAUCGAAUGCUUUUAUUUAUAUCGUUCGAAUGACCAAGUGCCGUUAAAAAGCAAAUUGUAUGGCUUUGUGCUAUUCGCGUAUGCUAGCUACAUCAUGCUAACAUCGUACAGGGACCAGUAAAGGCUUAGAACACACUAGCACUUAGUUAUUGUAAGUUUGAUCACCUCUACUGUAAAGUAAAAAAGUGGACAAAUUACGUUUUCUGUGAGAAACCUAUUGGCGAGCUCACGUGCACACACAGCGGUCUACAUUCUAAAGCUCCACUUUGCCCUCCCUAGCAUUAUUGGAUACCACGUACUGGUACGCUGAUGACGGAGUAACUGGUAUUUCCUCUAGCUAUGUAUCUAUGUGGUAACGUGAAAUAGUGUUGUAUGGAUAUGAGAGUAAAACAGGGACGAAAUUAAGGAUUAUUGCCAGAAUAAUUAUGUGGAGCCCAUUUAAGGCUUUACAGAAGAACAAGACGCUCAAAUAUGGCAUUCCAAUGAUUUUGCUGGUCGUUGGAGGUUCCUUCGGGCUGCGAGAAUUCGCACAAAUCCGAUAUGAUGCCCAGAAGAUUAAAAAGAAGCUGGACCCGGCGCUGGAGGCCCGAAUCGAUAUCGAGAAACAGCCUGUGAUCCUGGAGGAGGAGUACGAGAAGAUGAGGCAGAAGAACCUGGAGGAGUGGAGCAACAUCAGAGGGCCGCGCCCAUGGGAGAGAUCUCGGGAGUACCAGGAGGAGCAGAGGGCCCAGCUGGGCAGGGCUCUGGGGGCCCCGGGCCCUGCAGGAGGGGAGGUGGGGCCAGCAGGGGCGCAGGCCGAAAGCCCCUAAAGCGGGGUGAGGGACCCCACACUCUCCGCAUCCCUGCCUCUGCACUCUCGCUCUCCCUUUGUCCUCUGCCUGGGCUAUUUUUACCCCCCACCUCCGCGCCUCCGCACCCGGCGCACGGGAGCCACGAGGAACACC